CGUAGCUUGUCCAAUCGGUGAUUGCGUUCCUGUCUUCGGUGCGCAUUUUGAAUUUGUUGUGACUGAGAGAACGGUAUUUGUUGUAAAAGACUUUGGGAUUUUCUUUUGAAAUGUAAAUUAUUAGAUAUAUUUUUCUAAGGAGAAAACACUUAUUUGAGCAUAUCAUUCCUGUAUAUAGCUGUUUGUUUUGUACCAGCGUUGUUGUUGUCUUCUUGUUCCUUUUUGGUGGAUCCCGGCCUGUGACCUGCUCAUUGUGUUCUGUUACGUUGAGAUAGGCAGGAAAAAGGCUGUUGAAAAUGGCAAACAUUAGCACUGUAUCAAAUGCUCAGAGUCUUCUUGUUGACUCCUCUGUUAUUGACUCAAGACUUGCAGAGACCUCUAAGGAACAUUUAUUUCUUGGGUCAGCUGAAGACAUUGAAGAUGGGGUGCCACAAAUUGAAACAAGGGUUCUUCUGGUUGGAAAUGCGGAGAAUAAUGAGGAACUGCACAAAGCACUGCAGGGAAUUAAAAUAAUGGAAGUUCCAGUUGUAAGGAUUAAAGGUGCUGAACCUGGCAGCAAGUCGGGUGAAAAGUUAAUAAAAACUAUAAUAAAUAUGGAUAUCAAGGUUCCAUUUAGGAAAGUUGAUAAUGUACAAGAUUUUGGAGAUGGAGAAAACACAGAGUUUGAAACGGUUUUUGUGCUGGAAGAUUUUCAUUGUCCAGAAUUUACUUAUUUGUAUAAAAAUGAUAAUAGAAUUAUUGGACCACCAAUUGUUCUCCAGUGUGCAAUGAGAGAAGAGCCUCUUCCUUUUUCUUCACGACCACUAUAUUGUACAAAUAUGCUCAACUUGGUGCUGUGUUUCACGGGAUUCAGAAAGAAAGAUGAAGUUGUAAAACUUGUUAAUUUGGUUCACCAUAUGGGCGGCACUAUUCGUAGAGAUUUCAGUUCCAAAGUGACUCAUCUUAUAUCUUAUUCAACCCAUGGAGAGAAGUUUAGGCUUGCUGUGUGCAUGGGAAUUCCCAUUCUGAAAGCAGACUGGAUAUAUAAGGCAUGGGAGAAAAGAAAUGAAGUAAAUUUUUGUGCUGCUGAUGAACGGUUUCGGACAGAUUUUAAAGUGCCUCCUUUCCAAGACUGUAUACUAAGCUUUCUUGGGUUUUCUGAAGAAGAUAAAAAAAACAUGGAGGAAAUGACAGAAAUGCAGGGUGGGAAAUAUUUGGAAGUAGGAGAUGAAAGAUGCACUCACUUAGUUGUUGAAGAAAAUAACAUAAAGGAGCUACCAUUUCAAGUACCCAAAAAGUUGUAUGUUGUUAAACAAGAGUGGUUCUGGGGUAGUAUACAGAUGGAUGCUAGAGCAGGUGAAUCAAUGUACUUCUAUGAAAAGCAAGAAAGUCCAACUUUGAAGAAAUCUGUUUCUCUGUUAUCAUUGAACACACCUAAUAGCAAUCGUAAGAAGCGACGUCUACGGGACACUCUUGCCCAGUUAACGAAGGAAACUGAAAUUUCUCCCUUUCCUCCACGGAAAAGGCCAUCUGCUGAACACUCUUUGUCAAUGGGAUCUCUGUUGGAUAUUUCAAAUACACCAGAGUCUGCAAAAGCUGGUGGAGCUGAUACCCCUCGAUCAUCUGCUAGGCCUUCUAAAAGUUCAGUUUCCAUAACACAGAAACAGUCUGCCAGAUGGCAGGUUGCAAAAGAGCUGUUCCAGACAGAGAGCAACUAUGUGGACAUUCUCACAACAGUUUUACAGUUAUUUAAAGAUCCAUUAGAGAAGGAAGGGCAGCUUGGUGGACCAAUACUUGCACCAGAAGAAAUAAAGACAAUAUUUGGCAGCAUUCCAGACAUAUUUGAUGUACACACUAGAAUAAAGAAUGAACUUCAAGAACUUCUAAUGAGUUGGUCAGAAAAUAAAAGUAUUGGUGAAAUCUUCCUAAAAUAUUCCAAGGAUUUGAUAAAGGCAUAUCCACCUUUUGUCAAUUUCUUUGAAAUGAGCAAAGAGACAAUUGUCAAGUGUGAAAAACAGAAGCCACGGUUCCAUGCUUUCUUGAAGAUUAACCAGGCCAAACCUGAAUGUGGGCGACAGACCUUGGCUGAGUUGCUUAUACGUCCUGUUCAGAGACUACCAAGCAUUGGUCUUCUUCUAAAUGAUAUCAAGAAGCAUACUGCGGAUGACAAUCCUGAUAAAGUAACUUUAGAGAAAGCUAAUGAAUCCCUUAAAGAAGUAAUGACCCACAUCAAUGAAGAUAAAAGAAAAACAGAGAGUCAAAAACAGAUAUUUGAUGCGGUUUAUGAAGUAGAUGGUUGUCCUGCCAAUCUGCUGUCAUCUCAUCGAACUCUAGUACAUAGAGUUGAGACUGUAGCACUUGGCGAUAAGCCCUGUGACCGGGGAGAAAAUGUAACACUCUUUCUGUUCAAUGACUGCUUAGAGAUUGCCAGAAAGCGUCAUAAAGUUAUUACUACUUUCCGAAGUCCUCAUGGACAUACUCGACCACCAGCAUCUUUGAAACAUAUUACUCUAAUGCCUCUCUCCCAAAUUAGGAAAGUUCUAAAUAUCAAGGAAACUGAAGAUUGUCAUAAUGCUUUUGCCCUUGUGGUGCGCCCUCCGACAGAACAGGACAAUCUAUUAUUUAGUUUUCAGCUUGCAACAGAAGAUACGGUGAAAGAAGACUGGCUCAGAAUGCUGUGUCGGCAUGUAGCCAACACUAUUUGUAAAGCAGAUGCUGAAGACCUUCUACAAUCUGCUGAUUCUGAUACAUUGCAAGUAAACACCAAGGAUAUGGACAGUACUCUGAGCAGAGCAUCACGAGCUAUUAAAAAGACUUCCAAAAAGGUCACUAGAGCUUUUUCUUUCACUAAAACCCCAAAACGAGUCAUACAACGAGCUUUCAUGAUGAGCAGUACUCCUGACAGCAAAAGCCCAACUUCAUUCUCUGAACAUAGUUUAGGUGGUCGUAUAGCAAGCACUUCUUCACUUGCUGCAUUCCAGUCCCCUUCCCUGGUCAGCCUGCCUUCCUUGUUUGAGAGGCGUUACUCUACCUUCAGUCGAUCAACAACUCACCUGAUUUAAGAAUGAAAAACAUUUCUGACAAAUUAUACAGAUAUUUUUUCUUCCCGUAAACACUAAACACUAAACUAAAUAUUAAGGUACUGUUUGUAAAUUCUAACAUUUUAUUAAUAUAUUACUAAAUUUUUUUUUUUUUAUCUUGUCACAAAUGGAAGGAUUAUUAUUAUUUUUUUUUUUUUUUUUUUACUGUUACUGGUUCCUUUUUUAUUAAUUAUCUUAAGUGUUGACAAACACUUCAUACUGUCACUGUGUGUAGCAUUCAGAUUCAAUGCAAACGCUGUAAGGAACUGAAGAAAAUAAAAAAAAAUUUAAAAAUCCAAUCAAUUGUAUGUUUAUUUGGAAGAGACUUAUUUUUAGCUACUGGUCCUCCUUCCAAAAGAUUACUUAAUAAUAAACUGACAUCUUUUGGCUUUUAUAAAGCUUCUUUUGUUUAUUUUGUUUUUGUUGUACAUUUAAUCAUUUAGGUGACGUAACCAUUAAGGUUAAAUAUCUGUUAUUGUUAAUGUUGAAACAUUAAUGCAUGAUGUAGUCCUGAUUUAAAAAAAAAAAAAAAAAAAUCACUGAUUUGGAUUUUAUUAACUUUUUCUAUAUUUAUUUGUCUUUUGUAUUAGGAUGUUUUGAUUGCCUUGCAUUUUUGUAAUGAUCUGUUUUGUAAAUAUUUAUGUAUGUUUUCUGUCCUGUUUGUGAAGCCUAUAUUUGUUGUUAAAUGUGGAUCAAUACAUAAAUUCCGUUUUAAUUAUUGUAUCUAUGCAAAUGAAUCUAUAUUAAAAGGUUUCCAUUACAAUUUAAUAAA